GGAGGCAAGCGAAAUCAGGCAUCAUGACUCAUGGCGACACCCUAGAAGUAGAACACACUUUCAAAUCGACAACUGAAAAUUAACAGGAGUCUUGUAAUAUCGAAGAGCCGCAGCUGAAGCUGUCGUUUCAGGAAGCUGGAAUGGAGGCAGCUCCAUUUACUUCUCCUUCUUCUACCAGCAAAACUCCAUCCAUCUCCUCGUCCUCUUCUCUUAUAUCUCUUUCAAAAAUUUCUUAUAGAAACCACUCUCCUUUGAAGUUCAAGUCACGUAGAAAUCUCUCAGUUCGUGCUUCCAAUGAUGAUUCAGUAGUGACUCUGCUUGAUUAUGGUGCUGGAAAUGUCCGUAGUGUCCGAAAUGCCAUUCGUCAUCUCGGUUUCCAAAUCAAAGAUGUGCAAACUCCGAAAGACAUUCUAAACGCAAGGCGUCUUAUAUUUCCUGGUGUCGGGGCUUUUGCACCUGCUAUGGAUGUCCUUAACGACAAUGGGAUGGGAGAAGCACUAUGUAGUUACAUUCAGAAUGAUCGCCCCUUUUUAGGCAUUUGUCUUGGACUUCAGCUACUUUUCGAGUCUAGCGACGAGAAUGGUCCAGUGGGUGGUCUUGGUAUGAUUCCCGGAGUGGUGGGCCGUUUUGAUUCCUCACAUGGUUUUAGAGUGCCUCAUAUUGGUUGGAAUGCUUUGCAAAUUACUAAAGAUUCUGAAAUUUUGGAUGACAUUGGAAACCGCCAUGUGUAUUUUGUUCACUCUUAUCGUGCCAUGCCAUCAAAUGAAAACAAAGAGUGGAUUUCCUCUACCUGCAAUUAUGGUGAUGAAUUUAUAGCAUCUGUUAGAAGGGGAAAUGUGCAUGCUGUUCAAUUCCAUCCAGAGAAGAGUGGAGAUGUUGGUCUUUCAGUAUUGAGGAGGUUUUUGCUUCCAAAGUCAUCUUUGACAGGGAAGCGUACUGAAGGGAAGGCAUCGAAACUUGCAAAGAGGGUAAUUGCUUGUCUUGAUGUGAGGGCAAAUGAUGAAGGAGAUCUUGUUGUAACCAAAGGAGACCAGUACGAUGUAAGGGAACAUGCAGAACAGAGUAAGGUUAGAAACCUUGGCAAGCCAGUGGAGCUUGCUGGACAGUAUUACAAUGAUGGUGCUGAUGAGGUUAGUUUUUUGAAUAUCACUGGCUUCCGUGAUUUUCCCUUGGGUGAUGUGCCAAUGUUGCAGGUUUUGAGACGCGCUUCAGAAAAUGUUUUUGUGCCAUUGACAGUUGGAGGUGGAAUUAGAGAUUUUACUGAUUUAAAUGGCAGGUAUUAUUCUAGCUUGGAAGUUGCAUCAGAAUAUUUCAGGCCUGGGGCUGAUAAGAUUUCUGUUGGAAGUGAUGCAGUCCAUGCUGCAGAAGAAUAUCUGAAAACUAAGGUAAAGACUGGGAAGAGCAGCAUAGAACAGAUAUCAAGAGUUUAUGGAAAUCAGGCAGUUGUUGUAAGUAUUGACCCUCGUAGAGUGUAUCUCAAUGAUCCUAGUGAUGUGGAGUUCAAGUCUAUUAAGUUGACCACCCCAGGUCCAAAUGGAGAAGAAUAUGCCUGGUAUCAAUGCACGAUCAAUGGUGGGCGAGAAGGUCGACCAAUUGGAGCUUAUGAACUUGCAAAAGCAGUUGAAGAGCUGGGGGCUGGAGAAAUAUUACUAAACUGCAUUGAUUGUGAUGGUCAAGGGAAAGGAUUUGAUAUAGAUCUAGUGAAGAUGAUCUCCGAUGCCGUGAGCAUCCCUGUGAUUGCAAGUAGUGGUGCAGGUGUUUCUGAACAUUUCUCAGAUGUAUUCUCAAAGACAAAUGCAUCUGCUGCCCUCGCUGCUGGCAUUUUCCACAGGAAAGAGGUGCCCGUUCAGUCUGUCAAAGAGCACUUGUUGAAGGAAGGCAUAGAAGUCAGGAUCUAAUUCAAUUUUGUGUCAUUUUUUUUAUGCACUGGUUAAGUCAGCAUUGUGGGGUGAAUCUCUCUGGUGACUCGUCCAGCCGUCGGAGCAGGACUUCUUUGGGAAAAAAGAAAUGUAAUUUUUCUCUCCUUUUCUUUUUCCUUCUAGUACUUAUCUCGGAAAUUUCAUGAGGGAAACAUAAAAAAUAAAAUAGAAAUGUUUAUGUUAAAUUGCUUUGGUAUUUUCUUCUGCUUGUAGGACACCAUGCAUCGCAUUGAAUAAAAAAGUUGGUUUGAAAUUUA